GCGUUUCACGCUCCCCGUGUCGGCAGACCAGCAGUUUUGGUACGAGAACGGCCAGCGGACGCUGCACGAGGUGCUCGAACGGCAGCGCCAGGAGCACGUCGCCAAGAACGUGGUGCUGCUGGUCGGAGACGGCAUGGGCAUGAGCACGGUGACCGCUGGACGCAUCUACCGCGGCCAGGAGUUCCGCCAGAGCGGCGAGCAGUACCGGCUCGCCUUCGAGAAAUUCCCCUUCGUCGGACUGGCCAAGACGUAUAACGUGAAUGCCCAGGUGGGCGACAGCGCGGCGUGCGCCACGGCGCUGUUCUGCGGCGCCAAGACCAACUUCCACCGGGUGGGGGUGGACUCGACCUCCGACGGCAACCUCUGCACCGGCGGCCGGCCGCUCUCCUCGCUCAUCGAGUGGGCGCAGAGAGCCGGCAAGGCGACCGGUCUGGUGACCAACACCCGGCUGACACACAGCACGCCGUCGGCGGCGUAUGCGCACGUGCUGCGCCGGGACUGGGAGAGCCACACGGACAGCACCGGCUGCAAGGACAUCGCCCGCCAGCUGGUCGAGGACCGGCCCGGCAGGGACAUUAAUGUGCUAUUUGGCGGAGGCCGCCUGAAGUUCAUGCCGAGCACUGCCACCGACCCGGUCGACAGCAAGCAGAGCGGCGAGAGGAGCGACGGACGUAACCUGAUCGACGACUGGCGCGCCAUCAGGGGCCGCCACGACCGGCGGCAGCGUCACUACGUCUACACCAAGUACCAGUUCGACAAUCUGCAGCCCGAGACCACCGACAGCGUCCUCGGACUAUUUUCACCGAGUCACAUGUCCUUUGAGCGGGACCGUAACAGGGGCCCAUCGGGAGAGCCCUCACUCGCCGAGAUGACCGUCAAGGCCAUCCAGAUCCUCUCUCAGAAGAAACACAAACGAGGCUUUCUGCUGAUCGUGGAAGCCGGUCGCAUUGAUCACGGCCACCACGUGAACUCUGCCUGGCACGCGCUGACCGAGCUGGCGGCGCUGGACGACGCCGUGCGCGCCGUGCUGGCCACCGUCGACCCGAGCGACACACUGGUGGUAGCCACCGCCGACCACUCGCACGUCUUCACGCUCGGAGGCAACCGCACGCCGCGCGGCACGCCCAUCACCGGGCUGGACAGCCAGAAGGACAUCAACGGAGUGCCCUACACGACACUGUUGUACGGAAACGGACCCGGCUACGUCCCUGAGCGUAACAUCACCCGCCUGGAGAGAACGCACGACUCCGAGUACCGUCAGGAGACAGCCGUCAACCUGAGAUAUGAGACGCACGCCGGCGAGGACGUACCGGUCUACGCCACCGGACCGCGCAGCCACCUCUUCACGGGCACCUUCGAGCAGUCGUACGUGGCACACGCCAUCUCGUACGCCGCCUGCAUCGGACACUACCGUAACCAGUGCCAGCGGCCAGUGGAGGAGGUGAAGGCCGGUGGCGACACCUAUCGACCGCAAGCGCUACUAGUGGUUCUAGGCGUGACGAUGGCGGCGCUCCGCGCCAGACAGCUGGGACAGUGGUAACACGAGCGAAUGGCGAGGGAGGACGGUAAAGACUAGGAGUGAGGUAGAACUGGCCAACGGGCGUGAAGCGAUGUCUUUCAGGUGAUGCCUGCGCCGCAUUGGCGGGGCUGGGGAGGGACAUGAAGAGGGUCGACAAACGCUUAGGCUGCUUUGUUGAACUUAACUGUGAUUUGGUUUUGAGUUGCUUUGCGAUCGGCUGGUUCGCAAGACACACCGUUUCGUGCUUCUAUCCUCAGGAUACAGAAAUCCUUCUCCUCCACGCCGCAACCCCCUCCGGGCUGGACAGGCAACUUUAUCUCAUGCGGGCUGCUCCCUUGGAGCGGCACCGCUGCUCCUGAGGGAGCGCACCCCGUAGCCGGGUGCAGUGAGUGCCUUGGGGCUGGGUCGCCUGUCCUCUGGACGGGCUCAGCCCCGGCGACUCACUAGGGUGCCUGCCCAAACCAAUGUCUCCCCCUAAUUCCUAUCAUCCUUCCGGCUCUGCAAUGGUCUUGUCGACCGAAAGGGCCUAACCCAACAAAACAAACAAAAAGGUUCGCAAGAAUCUCAAGUGGUGCCGGGUUGACUGAGAUUGGACGUAGGCGAGUGGGCACUGGGCAGGCAUCUCUGCUUUCCUUCUGAGGAAUGUAUUUGUAUGAGUUGAUGUUGUACGAAAUGGCCCACGCUAGCAAGUGUUCGUUUUAUGCAGUUGUUACCGCAUAUUUAUAGGCUAGGGUGCAUUGCGCGCUUUUGCCGUUCUUGGCAAUGCAUAAUUUUUUUAGCAUGGUGACGCCGGCUUACCAAUGCGCCCCAUAAACGAUGCCCUUCUUGGUAAAAUCCAGCUAGGUUACUUUCAUUACGCAUAGCAAAACUCAUGACCAUUCACCAGCCACUAACAUUACAGUACGAACGGUUAGUACUGCCCGAACCAUGACAGAAGGCAGCAUAAUAAUAAACACACUUUUUUCGAAAAUGGUGUAGUUGCAAUCCGAAUUCUGAUCCAAACUGCCAUAGUACUCCAUCAGCGAGGCCGUUGCUCGUUCCGCGAGGCCGUUGCUCGUGCCUGCCGAUCUUGCGAGGCAAGAUCGGCAGGCAGUCGCUUUUGUUUGUAUGACAGAAAUGAGAAGCAGUCUUGCCUACCUGGAAACGCAUUCUUGCCAACAUGCAAGAUCAACUCAUGAUGUUCUGACGAUUGUUGUGAAGUUAGUGCAGUUUUCAUAUAGGUAUCUACAGUUUAGCUCGUGUAUUCAUAGCCUGGAAACGCAUAACGAGCUAGGUAAAAUGCGGGCCACUGUUAUUCUAAAGAAUGUAUGUGCCAGCAAAAAGUUUUAGAAGCUGAGCCCGUGCCAACGAAAAGCGCUUAAAGUGGUGUAUGAAACGAGCGGCGUGGAACGUUCAGUGUUGUGUCGUUAUUCAUUUGACAUCAUUCGCCAAGUCAAAAGUUUCAUUUGAUGUAUUGAUGAUGACUUGCACUUUGUCAGCGUAAAUGUUAGUGUCUUUGAAAACGAAUACAAUGUCAUGAGUCAUCACA